UCUGUUUACAGGACAAUAAUAACCAGUUUCCUGAAAAUAAAAUAAUUGCUCAAGAAGUGGGUAGAAACAAGGAAUUGAAGCCAUUUUCAAAGAAAGUAAUGCCUUUUGUACAAGUUAUUAAGAAAAACUUUGAGCAACAUGGGUUGAAAGCUCUAAAUUUGACACUGCCAUUUGACGAGAAACUGGUUCUGGAAAUAAAUGCAUCCUACAUUUUGAAUACACUUCAACUUAAAGAACUAAAGAUUCGUUUUGCUCAUGAUUCAAAUGAUAAAAAGAUAAUCGAAACCUGCUGUCCUGGUAAACCAAUCAUCUCACUCUAUACAAGGGUAAGUCUACUUCUUUUAUUUGUAAAUCCUCGAGUAUAG